GUAGUUUUUAUCUAGAAGAAAGUUGGUUGAAAAAUAAGAUCGCAUCUGGAUGAUUAUGUGUAUUGACACCUGACAGAGAAAGAAAGAAUGAAAAAACUAAGGCCCUCCUGUUGCAUCUGACAUGCCUGAAGUCCACGCUGUGUCAUACGAAGCUUGGUUUAGGAAAAUUUUAAGCUGCCCUUUUGGGGUACCGAUAUCAUUUGAAAUUCCGCGGUGUUCUGUGUACAUAUGCGACGUUGCCCAACUGUGACUGUAAAAAAGUGGUAGUGCAUGAGAAACAUGACUGUGUCACGGUGGAUGUGAAAAAAGUGCAGUGGGAUGAACCUAGUUGGGAAGGUGGGAAGGAAGCUGCCAAUAUAAGUCACGUUACAACUACACAUUUAGUUUUCCCCAAGCCUGUCGAAUUUCUUUCCACACCGGCAACGUCGCAACUUAGGCAUGGAUCGCCGACGUAGGGGUCGUCAGCGCCAUCUCUUGACCAGAUGACUGAUUGGGAGUCAGCGUGGCGGCGCGCUCUAGCCAAGCCGCCGCCGCAUAGAAGCCUGCACGAUUUGCAACUGAUCUACUACGGCCUCAGCGGCUUGGAGGCGCUGCAAACGCUACGGGAUCACCAGCUGAGGCGGUUGUGCAAGUACGCGCGCUACGAACGCAGGCAGGCCAACGACGUGCUUUACUAUACGGGUGAACUGUCAACAUGCUGGUACAUUCUUCUAUCCGGUUCCGUGUUCAUAGACGGAUCCAUGUUUCUGCCCAGAUCAAGGUGAGCUUAACUACUGUUACCAUAAACCAGAUAUUUCGAAAAAUUUCG